GUUUGCUUGGGUUCAUAACUUUGCAUAUAUAAUUUGUUUGGCACUCCACAUUCCAAGCCCCCUCCAAACUCACAUGGCCAUCAAAAUUGUGCAACGCCACUCCAUCACACCGUCUCACGGCGGCGCCACCGCCGCUGAGUGCAUUCCGCUUCUAUAUUUCGACAUGGUAUGGCUCCACACCCCUCCAACCGAGAUUCUCAACUUCUACACUCUCAAAUCCUCCCAAUCUUAUUUCUUAAACACACUUGUCCCUCAACUCAAACACUCCCUCUCCAUCGCUCUCAAACAUUUCCUCCCCCUCGCAUCCACCAUCAUCUUCCCCCUCACCUCCGCCGCCAUGCCCGUCUCUCGUUACACCGCUGGCGACUCCGUCUCCCUCACGAUCGCCGCAUCCGACGCCGACUUCGCUAACCUCACGGCUAAUCAUUCCAAGGUUGCCGAUGAAUUCCACCAAUUCCUCCCGGAAAUGCCGCCGGAGGUUUUCCACUCCGACCGCAUCGAAUUCAAGGCCCUCGCUAUUCAGGUGACCUUGUUUCCAAACAAGGGAAUCUGCGUCGGCCUCAAACACCACCACGCCAUAUGCGACGCCACCACUCUCUUCGCCUUCCUCCGCACAUGGGCGUCGAUCCACAGAUCCAGAGCCGGUGGAGAAUAUUCCAUCAAAGAUUGUUAGAAUGGAAAGAUUUCUUAAUAUCAAUCACGAUGAUUUGGAAAUCAAUUUAGAAGAUUAUAGAAGAUUGAUAGCAUAAUUGUAGGAGAAUAGAAACCUUCCUUGUAUAUCAAUGUAUCAACCUCUAUAAGAGGAUUAUUGUACAAUGAAUAAAAUACACAGUAAAAAGUAUCA